ACUUAUCUGUCACACGGGGGCAAGGCGGUGCAGCUCCACACGGAACGUGCCUAGCUUAGCUUCGCCUACCUAGGUAGCUGCCUGCCGGGCCCUAUAAAUCCCUCGCGCCGCGGCGAGCUGCGGAGGGAAUAUCUCGGCGAGCUGUCUGUCCGUCCGUCGUGUUUCACAAGCUCUCGAAAUUUGGUCGCCUCAUUCACAGCUAGCUAGCCCCGCGCUCGUGCUGCCUGCCGGCCGGUCAUGUCGACGACGACGCAGAGCGCGGCCCUGUCGGCGAAAUGCGCGGCGUGGGCGCAGGAGCGGCGGCCGUUCACGCACCCGAUCGAGAUCCCGGCGGCCUCCGGCGCGCCGGACGAGCGGAGGGGCCGCGGCGAGGAGGAGGACGGCGGGGAGGUGGAGCCGCCGCACGUGCUGAUGGCGCGGCGCAGGGCGGCCUCCUCGGUGUGCUCCGGCCAGGGGCGGACGCUCAAGGGCCGGGACCUCACGCGCACGCGCGACUCCGUCCUCCGCAUGACCGGCUUCAUCGAGAGCUAGCCCGUCCUCCGCCCGUCUCGUUCGUCGCCAACGGCGCGCGGCCGGGCUCAAGGUCUUCUUGGGUCGAUCCAGUUUGUGUAGAGUAAAUAAGAUAGCUACGGAGCCUAGGGGCGAAUGCCGCUGAAUUUUCUUCAAUCGGUCCCAUUUGUGAAUUGGUUGGAAUUGGAAGAGCGAGAUGAAAUUAAAUCCGUUGGUGUAAAACUUAUUCUGUU